AUGCCGAACCCGGCAGAAGAACCAGGUGAAGAUGGCGAUGACGGGCUGGCAUAUCACAGCGCCACCUUGCGGGACUUUGAGGGACCGUUCAAGACUGGCCCUGCACCUCAUGGUGCCGCACGAGGACCAGACGAACCGGUCAAUAGGAAUGUACGAGCUGUGGUUGGUAGUCAAGGUUGGGAUCUUCCAGCGAGUUGUCCAACAAAUGGUCAGCUCAGUCUCCCCAACGGCAAAAGGUACGUGGCGCCAUCCGACGAGCAGGUCGACUACGCCACGGCCCAGGCGAGAUGUGUCGCCGAGGGAGGAACGGUCGCUCUGCCGCUGGACUCGAACGAGCAGGCGUAUCUUGUGUUUUUCAAGAACUGUCUAGACCAAAAUGCUCAGUUUUGGCUCGGAGUCAGUAGACCAGACGGAACGUGGGUUGACAGCCAGGGUAGCGCGCUCGGCGGAUUCUCUGCCUGGGCACCCGGGGAGCCCGAUGAUCCUUCAUACCCCUGUUCUCAUCUUGUGUUUGGAGCACAGUCCGACAGUGAACGCAGAAACAAGUGGGCGGACGCAGCAUGCGGUGAUAGCUUCAGAUACAUAUGUGAAACAGACUCGGUGGACUGCAAUACCCAAUACCGACACGUGGAGGCCGGAGAGUCAUUCACUUGGUUUAACACGGAAACACAGAAAGACCUGCUAGACCUGCUAGACCUAACCUUUAUCUAA